AAUUCUAACGAACUUUUGAUUUCAAGUUUUAUAGUUUGUUGCUUUUGAAAUUAUUCUGAAACUCUGCAAUGUCUAAUCUAACAAAUGUGUACGCUUACAUUCGAAAGAGCUAUCCAGAUUCAGAUAUUCUAUAUGGAAAGCUACCAUCGUAUAUAAAAACUAUUUCAGGCAUACAUUUUGAAAAAAUCAUUUUUAUUUUCAAGGAGAACCGAAACAUAUUGAAGGAAGAAAAUGAAUUUAAUAUUUCUGGAAACAAAGAUAAAAGUACAAGUUUGAAUUUAACUGGAAAUCCACUAGAGGACGAUAAAUCAAUUGAGGAGUUAAUUAAUACAACCAUAGCAAGCAGUACUUUUAUGCGUAAGCCUUGGCAAGAAAUCGAAGAAAGCUAUACGCCAAUUGAAGUAGCUAUGGCUCGAAAAAUGAUAAACGACGUUUCAAAUCAAAUAGUCGAUAACUCAUACGGUUGGAUAUUUAUUCUUUGCAAAGACCCAUUGGAAACAUUGAGCAAUUCAACUCUCAUGCUUUCGCAUCAAAUUCAUAGUAAAAACAAUUGUCGCGGUAUUUUAAAAUAUCUAGGAGUUGUUAAGCACAAACAAAAAUCAAUGGAAUAUUUACUGAAGAUUCAUCGUUCAUUCAUAACAUCAAAUCCAAAAAUUGAAUGUCAAUUGGAAUCACGAUUCCAAAUCUCUCCUAACAUAAUCUUGAAAUUUUCACACAACAAUGCUACGUCGACUGCUUUGAUAGAUCACAUUAAUGAAUUUUCGGAAGUUGUUCUUCAUCAAAAGGUGGAAAUUGGUAAAGGCCACAUAUUGUGUGAAGACUUCUGGAGCCAAAUUCAAUUGUUGAACAUGAUUAAAAAUGACAUAAUUAAAUUUAAGGAUACUUCUGGAGAUGGAACACUUGUGGAGCCAAAUUACAGUUAUGGGUCGUCUGAUCUAACUUUUGAAAAUCUACAAGAAAAGGUUUACCGGAUUCUUGCUGAGGUGAACACAAUUAAAGAAGAAAAUAAUAACGUUGAUAUUGGGCUUGAAAAUGUCAUCAAAAAAUCUCGUCAUCGUCCGUUAACUGAAGUAACAGAUCUUCUGUGGGAUCUUUUGAAAUUCAUCAGUUCUUAUCAUGACUUAAAAAAGAUCAUGACAUUCAUUUUUCAAAUUUCAAGUCGUUCAAAUAUUGUAAACAUUCCAACGAACAAGAAUCGGCUUGGUGAGCUUAUUCGAGAUCUUUGUCUUCAACGAUUAGCUAUUCCUCAUUUACAUGGAACUGAACCACUUGAAUUACUUUUGGAAAUCGGAAUUGAAAAACUCAUAAAAGAUUAUGAAUACAUUUUUAAUGAAAGCAAAAUAUGUAAUUUGAACGGCGUAAUUAUUGGAGGUUCAAAGGUUAAAGAAAGUAAUGAAAACUGCUUGAGUGUUCGUAAAUCUAUUGCAAAUGCUGUUGAAAAGAGUGCAGAGAAACAACGAAAGACAUUUUUGAAAAAGGUCAGUGGCAGAAUUGAGAGCAACGAUAGUGAUGAUGAGGGCAUAAAGAACAGCCGUUUUGUGAAAUGUGAAGUUGAUGACAGCAUUUCAAAACUUGUACAACUUCAUCUAUCUGUUGAACAUCUUCUUUUAAUUCAAAACAAUAUCAGUAUGGAUCUUGAUUAUGCUAACAUUUCAAAGAAACUUUUCGAAAGAUCUUUGACAUUGUUUGAUGAAUUACCAAAAUUUGAUAAGUUUGAAUUUCUGAUUUAUGAUAAAAAAAUCUGUCAUCUUGUUGAGAAUUUUAUGCCAAACGCACAAAAAAUCAUUCUCCGUUCAGGAAACAAAUUCAAAGAAAUUGAAAAUGUUUUUUACUUCGACAUGGAACAAAUUUUCCCAUUUUUAAUAGAACGAGAAGAAAAUGAAGAAAUUGUUGAUAAAUCAGGAGAUUCGUCUCAUUUUUUUAAUUACACUAUAAUCACCAGCAAAUAUUAAAUUACCUAAUAUUAAAAUUAUUUCGUUAUUACUCACGUCAAUCAUAAACGUUCAGCUGUAAAAAUUUAUUGAAUAUUUCCACUUUACAAUAUCUAAUUCAUAUUAAAUUUUAAUUGUUCAUAUGAGUUUUUUUUUUCCGAAAAGAAUACAAAGAAUAAAGAAGUUUUCACACAA